UCAGAAAAGGAAAAUAAUAAUAAUAAAGAUGAGGAGGAUUCUUCAGGCUCUGUUGGAGCCGUAGCGGUAACACUGAGAGAUCCAUUUUUCGUUUCAUCUCUUUUUCCCUUUUCUUCUUUUUUUCUCUUCUCUUCUCUUCUCUUCAAUUUUUCUUCCCUUCUUUCCCAAUCAGUGUGGAGGAGUGAUAACAGGGGGCGGGGGGAGGGGAGCUACGGUGGUCACUGUCGCUAUGGCUUUUCAACGGCGGCGUAACCACUAUUACCAUCGUUUUAGAUUCUUGAUCCCAUUCAUUUCCGCCAUUUCUGCCGGUCUCCUUCUAUUCUUUGCACUUCUUUCUUUUCUUGCUCCUUCUCCUAAUGAUUCCGAUCAUCACCGCCUCAUUCCUCCGGUUCAGUUCAAUGCUGCUUCCGACGUGGCGAUUGGUGUUUCGCAUUUUCGCGUUCCGCGCAAUGGAGCGAGAUCCGGUCGUGAUCUUUGGACUUCUAGAAAUGCGAAGUUCUACUCUGGAUGUUGUAAUGCUAGCAACAAGUUUCAGAAAGCUAAUGCUAUUACACACCCGAACCGUUACUUGCUGAUUGCAACUAGUGGAGGUUUAAAUCAACAAAGAACUGGGAUAACAGAUGCCGUUGUUGCAGCACGUAUAUUAAAUGCUACACUUGUUGUGCCUAAGCUUGAUCAGAAGUCCUUUUGGAGGGAUUCCAGCAACUUUUCAGAGAUCUUCGAUGUUGAUUGGUUUAUAUCAUUCCUGUCAAAAGAUGUGAAAAUUAUUCAUCAGCUACCAAAGAGGGGUGGGAAAACAUGGAAUACACACUCAAUGCGUGUCCCCAGGAAGUGUAGUGAAAGAUGUUAUCAGAACCGUGUAUUACCUGUUCUUUUGAAAAGGCAUGCUAUUCAGCUCUCCAAGUUCGAUUAUAGACUAGCAAACAAGUUGGAGACAGAUUUGCAGAAACUCAGAUGUAGAGUUAACUACCAUGCUUUGAAAUUCACUGACUCAAUACAGAAAAUGGGCGAAAAAUUGGUCAAUCGAAUGCGGGCAAGAAGCAAUCAUUACAUUGCUUUGCACCUCAGGUUUGAACCAGAUAUGCUAGCAUUCUCAGGUUGCUAUUAUGGUGGAGGUGAAAAGGAAAGGAGAGAACUUGGAGCUAUUCGAAGGCGAUGGAAAACAUUACAUCAAGUAAGCAACCCUGAUAAAGAAAGGAGGCAUGGAAAAUGUCCACUGACUCCAGAAGAGGUUGGUUUGAUGCUGAGAGCACUCGGAUAUGGGCAGGAUGUUCAUAUCUAUGUGGCAUCUGGUGAAGUAUAUGGAGGGGAAGAGACACUAGCUCCUUUAAAAGCCCUCUUUCCUAAUUUCCAUUCAAAAGAGACCAUAGCUUCCAAGGCGGAAUUGGACAAAUUUUCUUCAUAUUCUUCUCGUAUGGCUGCACUUGAUUUCAUUGUCUGUGACGAGAGCGAUGUAUUUGUCACCAACAAUAAUGGCAAUAUGGCGAGAAUAUUGGCUGGAAGAAGAAGAUAUUUCGGACACAAGCCUACCAUUCGUCCAAAUGCCAAGAAACUCUAUAGGUUGUUUUUGAACAGAACCAACAUGACAUGGGGAGCAUUUUCCUCCAGGGUUAGAACUUAUCAGAGAGGCUUCAUGGGGGAGCCGAAUGAGGUGAGGCCAGGCAGGGGUGAAUUUCAUGAAAACCCAUCGCCUUGUAUAUGUGAAGUUGCCAAGCCUCAUGUAAAGUCUGAUUCGGGACCUAGAAAAUAUGGCAAGAGUGAUAUAACACCAAGGAGAGAUGAGCCUGCAACAGUAGACGACCAAAACAGUGAUUAUGAGCCAGAAUGGCCAGACUCAGAGGAAGAGGAGGAUCAAGUUGACUUCCAAGAUAAAGGUCCGUUGAAUGCGACAAAUUUGGAGUAUGAUGCAAUUAACUCUGAGGAGCCUGAAUUGGAAGAGAUGCUCUCCGACUAAACAACCUCUAUCCGUAUCCUUACUCUUGUUGGUACUUUAUUAACCCUACUUUCACUAAGAAACUUUGCACCCCCAAACAGGAAAGAAAACGAGAAUUUGAGAGUUAGAUCCCACAGGUCCAUUUUUCAUUCAAACAAGACGAACCCUGUCAGAUUUUGGUGUGUGCGUGUGUGUCAUCCUGUAUAUAACACCCCAUCCAGACCCAAGAAAGAAAAUGUCUCCCUCCCAUGUUUUGAACAAUCAUAACACGUUCUUUUCGGCCGUGGUUUUCAACUGUCGGAUAUUACAUCAACAAUUUGAGUAUCUCGACAAAGUAGUGGUGUGGGCAGGACUUUUGCAAUCAAGGUUGGGGGCUUUAGGAGGAGGAGAGCUUGCAAAAGAAAAAAGAACCAAAGAAAUGCCAUUGCCAUUGUCAAAUUCCUCUGAGGUAGGGCCUUAAAAACCUUGCCUGUACAUUGUUUUUUUUUUUUUUUUUUUUUUCUUUUUUUCAGUGUGGUAAUUAGGUUUUGCGUGGAUUUUGAUUUAUUUCUAGUUUCCGGUCCCCUAUAGAUUGAUUAGAGCCUUUUUCCAGAAAAUAGUUUGCCUUCUUUUCUUCUCGUCUCAUCAAUGAUGUGUUGUUGUGGUUUUUCUAUUUAUUUCAAGUUUCGUCUAUUAAUAAUAUUUCAAGAUUAGAGCUC